AGAAUUAGGGAGCGAAAUUGGAAUUAGGAAGAGGAGAGAGAAGAGAAGAGAAGAGAAAGAAGAGAGAGGAAUAAGAGUGGUGAGCUGGUUAUGUUGGAGUACGAGGUGAGGGUUGCUUUCUCUACAUCCCAAGAUCCGAAUUCCUUUCUUCCUCGAAAGAUGCACAGUCCAAUCUCAUGAUUCCAAUCCCACCCAUUGCGUUCAUCGGGUCAUUAUUGCGCCAUGGUAACUGUCUCCCCGGGAACCGAGACGGCCGCUCUCGCUUCCCCUUACACCCCCUUCCAAUCCCCUUCUUUUGAAGGUAUGUGAAGAUGAAGAAGAAGAGUACGUGAAGAAGAAGAAGAAGAAGAAGAAAAGAGGAGACUUGCUGUUUCUAGGACGAGAAUGGCGACGCUUCAGAAGUUUAAGCUGCUCGCGACGCAGUGCGCGGCGCCGGCCGCCAGCCCGUCGAGAAGCCCCGGCCCCGCCGCGGCAAUCGCCCCCUCCAGCCCCGCUUUCCGGUUGCGCCGCCGGAGGAGCCUCAGGACGCUCCUCGGCCGGGCGUCGUCCCGUCGGGCCGCGGCCGCGGUCCCCGGGAAGCCGCCCCCGGCGCCGGAGCGCCCGUCGGAGAAGCGGGCCUUGUUGAGCCACUCGCUCGCGGAUCUGUUCGUCUCCUCGCCCCCGCCGGGUGGAGCGGAAGGAGGGCACGAGUCCGCCGCCGGAGCCGCGCGGAGGUUCGGGUUCGACAUCCUCGCCGCCGGGGGUAGAGCCGGCGGGGGACCCAGGUUUGGGUCUCGCGGCUUGAGGUACCGGUUGCUGCGGCGGACCUGGCGGCCGGUGCUCGUCGCCAUUCCCGAGUGAGCGAGCGAUCCAAAAAACUUGCUCUCGUUGGGGAUAAUAAGAGAGUUCAAGCUGUAGGUAACUGUUGUAAGUUGCGUUCACUGUGUGUUCAUGGGAAGGUGGACACUGCAUGAGUUGAUCUAUAACCAGUAUUCAUCUUCUACA